AUGUCAGUAGGGCGUCCGAAGCCUAGUCGCAGCGCUCCCAGGCUGGACACAUCUCUUCACGAUACAACGCGGAUCGACGGUAUGAAGCAACGCUUCUCAUCGCUCGACGUGAAGGUCAUCGCCCAUGAACUUUCCAACAGCCUCGUGACACUUCGUCUGGCAAAUAUCUACGACCUCUCCUCCCGCAUCUUCCUGCUCAAGUUUGCGAAGCCCGACCACCGCGAGCAGCUCCUCAUCGACUCCGGGUUUCGAUGCCACCUGACCAGCUUCGCCCGAGCUACUGCUUCUGCCCCUUCUGCAUUUGUCACUCGCCUACGAAAGUUCUUGCGAACUCGACGAGUGACGAAGGUGCAGCAGAUUGGCACAGAUCGAGUGCUUGAGCUUCAGUUCAGCGAUGGCCAAUAUCGAUUGUUCCUUGAAUUCUACGCUGGCGGCAAUGUCGUGCUCACAGACGCUGACCUGACCAUUCUUGGCUUGCUGCGAACAGUCAACGAGGGUGAAGAGCAUGAGCAGUAUCGUCUGGGUCUGAAGUACGAUCUUUCGUUACGGCAGAAUUAUGCUGGCAUCCCUGAUCUCACUAAGGAGCGGAUACGAGAAGGUUUACAGAGAGCGAUCGAGCGACAGCAGGCAGAGGCGCAGAAGCCUGGCAAGAAGAUUAAGAAGAAGAGCGGCGAUACCUUGCGAAAGGCUCUGGCUGUGACGACGACUGAGUUUCCUCCUGUCUUGCUGGAUCAUGCGCUACACGUCACACAGUACGAUCGAGAUGUGCAGCCGGAGCAGGUAUUGCAGAGCGAGGAAUUGCUGGAGAAACUUCUCGAGAGCUUGCAGGAGGCGCAGAAUGUUGUGCGAGAGAUAACCAGCGCAGAGACCGCGAAGGGAUACAUUCUAGCGAAGCCUGGCAAAGGAGCGCCGGAGCAGGAGCAGCAAGCACGGGAUGGUGAGCAACCACAGGAAAGAUCAGGACUGCUAUACGACGACUUUCAUCCUUUCAAGCCGGCACAGUUGGCGGCUGAUCCUACUAUAACGUUCCUUGAGUACGAUGGCUUCAACAAGACCGUUGAUGAGUUCUUCUCCUCGCUGGAAGGACAAAAGCUGGAGUCUAAAUUGACCGAACGAGAAGAGAAUGCCAAGCGGAAGAUUGAGCAGGCGAGGAACGAGCAGGCAAAACGUAUCGAGGGCUUACAGUCUGUGCAGGAGCUGAAUGUUCGCAAAGCACAAGCGAUCGAGGCGAACGUCGAGCGGGUGGAGGAGGCUGUCGCGGCCGUCAAUGGCUUGAUUGGACAAGGCAUGGAUUGGAUCGACAUCGGCCGCUUGAUUGAGAACGAGCAGAGCCGACACAAUGCCGUGGCUGAGCUGAUUAAGCUUCCGCUGAAGCUGCAGGAGAACACCAUCACGCUACUGCUAUCCGAAUAUGAUGAUCCGGUCGAGGACGAAUUCGUGGACGAAACAGAUAGUGAAGCCUCAGACAGUGAGGAUGAAGGUGUUUUGACUUCGAAGAGACAUGCUGGCAAGCCGGCAGACAAAUCUUUGUCAAUUGACGUUGACCUCUCCCUCUCGCCGUGGUCGAACGCACGCCAGUACUACGACAACAGACGCAGUGCGGCCGAGAAACAAGAGCGGACAGCUCAAGCCUCUGAGAAAGCACUGAAGAGUACCGAGCAGAAAGUCCUCGCCGACCUCAAGAAGGGGUUGAAGCAGGAGAAGGAUGUCCUCCGGCCCGUGCGCAAGCAAAUGUGGUUCGAGAAGUUCAUCUACUUCAUCUCCUCCGACGGCUACCUUGUCCUCGCCGGUCGUGACGCUCAACAGAACGAGAUCUUGUACCGCCGGUAUCUGAAGAAAGGCGACAUCUACAUACAUGCCGAUCUGCAUGGCGCCGCAUCCGUGAUUGUGAAGAACCGUCCUGGAAUGCCGGGUGCGCCUAUACCGCCUGCUACUUUAGGUCAAGCAGGUAAUCUUGCUGUAUGUACGAGCAGUGCAUGGGAGAGCAAGGCAGUGAUGUCGGCUUGGUGGGUUGAAGCUAGUCAGGUCAGCAAGACCGCUCCUACUGGCGAGUUUCUGUCGACCGGAGGAUUUAUGAUCAGAGGGAAGAAGAACUUCUUGCCGCCUGCGCAGCUGCUGCUUGGGUUUGGGUUGUUGUGGAGGAUUAGUGAAGAGAGUGUUGGGCGGCAUGUCAAGAAUAGAUUCAGGGAGGAGGAUGACGGGCAGAGCAAGAAGGUCGGUGGUAGUGAGGACACCGCUGGCCACGCUGAGGAUGAUGACGAUGACGACGAGUUCCCCGAUGCUGCGCAAGGAGAUGCGGACGACGAUGAUGAGUUUCCAGAUGCGACACAAGGACAGGCCAGUGCUGCAGAGGACGAUGAUGUUGACGACGAUGACUUUCAGGAUGCAAAUGCUGAUGAGAUCGCAUCGGAGAACGAUGAAGACCAUCAGAAGGAGUCGAGGAGUAAUCCUUUGCAAGCGAACGGACAUGCUGCAAGCCAACAGGACGAGGAUGAGAGCGACGAAGACGAUGAUGAAGAUGAUGAGGGAGAGGAGGACACCGCUGACCAUAAAAACGAGGCUACCACUGCUGAGGCCCCUCAGGAUGCUUCUGAGACCAACAAGGCGCCGACACAGCAGCAAAACGAUAACACGAAGCAGCAAUCACAACCCACGAAAUCGAAAGCUGCGCCACAAGUUCGAGGUAAGCGCGGCAAAGCCAAGAAGGCAGCGCAAAAGUAUGCCGACCAAGACGAAGGAGAUCGCGAGCUCGCCAUGAAGCUUCUCGGCUCCAAAGCUGCAGAGGAGAAGCGCGAAGCCGAUAGUGCAGCUCGUGCCGCCAAGACCGAGACAGCUGAAGAAACUCUUGCACGUCGCCGAGCCCAGCACCAAAAAGAACAGAAAGCUGGUCUUGAAGCGGAGGAGAUCCGGAGACUGAACUUGGAGGAAGGCGUUGAAGAUCUAGAUGAAGAAGAAUCCACGCAGCUGACACAGCUUGACACUCUAGUUGGAACACCGCUCCCUGGCGACGAGAUCCUUGAGUGCCUACCCGUUUGUGCGCCUUGGUCCGCACUAGGCAAGUACAAGUACAAAGUCAAGCUCCAACCAGGCCAGCAGAAAAAGGGUAAAGCCACCCGUGAGAUCUUGGGCAGAUGGGGCAAAGAUGCUCAGGAUAGGAAGAAAGUCGAUGAUAAGGCUGCAGAUACCGAGAGGAUCUGGCCUAGGGAGGGUGAGCUCUUACGGGGUCUGAAGGAGGUAGAGGUUGUGGGCGUGAUACCAGUCAAGAGCCUAAGGGUUGUUGCCAGUGGUGGUGGCGGCGAUAAGGGUGGUAAGAGUGGUGGAGGGGCUAAGGGUAAAGGUGGGAGAGGUGGGAAGGGAAGCAAGAGGCGGUGA